CCAUAACAGCAAGUCACCGAGUUCGAGGCCCCAACAUACGACGUUCCAAGUGUUGAGGUGGCUCCCACAGAGGGACCUGACGAAACAAGAAAGGGAGAGUGUGGCAAGGAUAGUGCCGAUAACUGUUAGUGAUGAAUCAGAGGAAAUGUCUCCUCUUUGGCUCCCUUCCCCCACUCUUUCGACGCACCAAGGGGAUCCAACUAUCCCUGGUACCCUC